AUGCCAGUCUCAAGUAAAAUAGCUAGAGUGCCUGGAGAUGUGCCCCUCAGGUCGGAUGGCACUCAACUUGCUACUGAGGAAGGGUGCAGCUCUGGAUUGAGUAAUUCUAGCAAUAAUGAAGCUGUUGUACUAAACCCAUUAGGGCGUAUGAUAGCUGACACUGCAGAGGAUGAAAAACCUCAGCAGUUCCACAACAACAAAAACCACACAAUUGCGACCUGGAAUGUUAGAACGAUGAAUCAGGGAAAGUUGGAAGUUGUAACAAAUGAAAUGGACAGAAUAAACUUAGACAUACUCGGAAUAAGUGAAAUGAAAUGGACAGGGUGUGGGGAUUUUAGAUAUGAUGAUCACACAGUGUACUACUCAGGACACCAACAAUACAAGAGAAAUUGA